CAGCUCACAAUCCGUUGGUCCCCAGGACACGAGAAGAUCCCUGGCAAUGAGCUCGCAGACAAAGAAGCUAAGCUCGCAGCAGAGGGCAAAGUCAGUGCUGACAAACUCUUACCGCAGGUGCUCCGCAACACCAAGCUUCCACAUAGUGUCUCUGCCCUCAAGCAAGCCUACCGAGAGCAAACCAAGCGAACUUGGCAUAUCGAAUGGACGAAAUCACCGCGAUAUGCGAAGACGGCGGCGAUCGAUAGCAAGCUACCCUCGGCCUCGUUCCUCGACCUCGCCGAAGGCCUCACACGC